CUGCCUUUUUCCCCGGGGCAACGUAGAAAGGACGACAUGGUCCCGCGCCCACCACUCCGUGUCUGAGAACAGCUCCCGCGGUGAGAGAAGCAAGAGCAAGAGGCCCGAGGAACCGGAAGUUGCCCGGCUUUAUCAGCUCCCCUCCGCCCAGGCAGAAGCUCAAGAUCCGGGAGAAAGGUUCCGGGGCUGUCCUGGCCUGGAGGUGGCCCAAUGGAGACCGAGGCUGAGGAUGGGUUGUGGACCCGCCGCCCCUCGCUGGCCUCUUCCUGGGAUGCCACAGGCGGGGGCCUGGACCAGAGCCUCCUUGUCACCGGAGCUGGUGUCGGAGCGCAGGAAUUGGAGUGGGAUGAGCUGCUGGCGCUGCCUGCCCCAGGCCAGGAUCCGGUGAUUUUGGAAAGGAGCCGGAACAGCCCAGAGGAAACCCCCUGCUUCCUUUACCUGCGCUGUGACCCUGAGGAAGGUGAAGAAGUGGUUUCUGUUGGCAUUUUAAGUUCAGCGAGAAAUAUGGAGGUGUAUGUAGGAGAGGAGUACAGUGGAACCAGUCGGGGCAAGACUGUUCGUGAUGUUCUGGAGAAGAGUGAACAUGAAAAGAUUAGCAUGUACAAAAAAUAUCUAAAAUUGGAGUCCUCCACAUAUGCUUGUAAAAUAAAGUUGCUCUCUUUUGGUGAAAAGCAGCGUGUGUUCGUCAGCAAAGUCGUGGUGCACGUGCGACCGGCCUCAGCACGUCCUUCCGCACGCUCUCCCGUGGUGGCCGCAGGGGUGGACCUGCAGCGGGUCCAGACCAUCGUGCGCUCCAUGGGGUCCACACUGUCGCCUGGGGCUCAGCAGCUGAUGAGCAUGGUCAGCUUCCAGCAGCAGAAUUGCGUUUCCAUCGGAGAGCAGCUCCAGUCGGUUUUGGGAAAGACUGUGCUCACUCGAGUGAUGGGCCUGCAGGCGUCGUCCCCGUCGGCAGUCUGGGACAGGUCACCCUCCACACCUUGUCCUUUCAGAGCUGGGCUGAGUCCUGGCCACGUGACUGGCGACUCAGAAGCUCACACUGACAGAAGGACCCAGGCACCCGCUGGAGGGAACAGGACAAACCUCGGAGAGUGUCCAGUCAUGCCACCAAACUGUUCUCUUCCUGGCGGUGACCUUACAAACGCGGUGUCUUCUUUCCUACCGAAGAAAGCAAGUGACCGCUCAGGUACACCGGACUCCGAGCUGCUGCCUCUUCUGCAGAAUCUGUGCGGUCAAGUUAACGGGCUCCGUGUGGGCCAUAAGGCGGGGCGGCCGGGCACCAUCGCCAAGCCCAGUGACGGCAUCACUGGUGUGGGAAUGGGUGAGCAGCCUGUUUGUGCCUACUUGGAAAAGAUUCUUUCUAAAAAUAUGGACCUGAUGGAAAAGAAACUCAUGGACCACAUCGACCAGCGGAUCCGCGCCCUCCAGGAGCACGUGGAUGAGAAGAUCGCUUCGCUGGUGGACUUGCUGCAGAAUCCCCGCUCCCCACCCACCUCCCCACCCACCACUGGGACGCCUCUGCAGCACUGCGACUCCGACUCCGGGGAAGGGCUUUCAAAUGGAGAAAGAUGAGUGCUCCCCAUGCACAGCGGACUGCAGACUUUUACCACAUAUUUAUUACAGAGCGCAACCCAAACAGCUCAGAGCAAGUAUCUGAUGUCAUCUCAGGUUUAUCAUCUUACUUCUGUAAGUGACCUGGAGGCUCAUUUGCACUGAACUUGUUGUUGUAAAUCUGGUACUGUGCACUACGAGUGAACCUGAUUGGGCCGUAAGUUAUUUUGUUUGCAAUAUUGUUUAUUUUUUAUAAGAAAUUUACAUAUAGGUCUGUGUUUAAAUGUUUAAAAUUCUAAGGAUCUCUAGUUACAGUCAGUGAAUAUUAUGUGUAUUUGAAAUACUGUUUUAAUUUAUACAAAGACCUUAUGUCUUAGGGAUAGGGAAAAAAGUGCUUAGAGUAUUUGACUGCUUUUUCUUUCUUUUUUUAAUUGAUUAUCCUUGGAAAACCUGGUACUUAAGACUUACAACCUUUAAUUUCACAUCACCA